AUGGACUGGGACAUACUGUGUAGUUCACAUGGGGAGGACCUUGACCGUCUGACCCACUGCAUUAUGGACUACAUAAACUUCUGUGUGGAAAACACUGUGCCGUCCAAGACAGUACUGUGUUUUCCCAGAGAAAGGACAGGAAACUGGAGCAGGAUAUGUGGUGUCAAGAAGCCUCAUCGUUACAGGCCCGGUACCGUGGCUCUGCAGGAGAUCCGUCGCUACCAGAAAUCCACCAAGCUGCUGAUCCGUAAACUGCCCUUCCAGCGUCUGGUCCAAGAAAUCGCUCAGAAUUUCAAGACCAACCUGCGUUUCCAAAUCUCUGCCGUCAUGGCUCUGCAGGAGGCCAGCAAGGUUUACCUGGUGGGUCUGUUCGAGGACACCAACCUGUGCGCCAUCCACGCCAACUAUCUUUAA